UUUAAUGCAGGGUGUGACUUGAAUGAGUGUGUAUCUGUUUUAAAAGACCGAGGAGCGAGCGAGGAGGGGGGGGGGAAGAGGAGGAUUCAUCGCGUUUCCGAUCUCCCGAAAAAAAAAAAAAAAAGUUACCAUUGGCGGGGAACCAGGAUUGGAAAAAAAAAAGAAAAAAAAAGGAUUCACGGAUCCUCUCUUUUCCUGAGUUUGAACCACGGUUUUCGCUGGCUGCUGUGGUUUGAAUUGCGUGUUGCCACCAGUGGCAGCGCUAGGGAUUGCAUUUAUCAGAAAGAAAGAGAGAAAGAAAGAGAGCGCUGCCUGGAAGCUCUGAAUCUACAAUGCUGUCGAAUACCCUGAAUCAGAAUGCGCCAGCUACAUUAUUUCCGACCCCGCAACAGCAAACAGCUCAGCAGCAAAAUACAACCCAGCCGGCGUUCCCUCCGCCGCUCCACGUCAAGCCAUUUCUGUACAUUAGGAAGAACGCUAUAACCGACGACUACAAGGUCACCAGUCAAGUAUUAGGGCUGGGCAUUAAUGGAAAAGUUUUGGAGAUCUUUGCUAAGAAAACGGGAGACAAAUUUGCUCUCAAGAUGCUGCAGGACUGUGCGAAGGCACGCAGGGAGGUGGAGAUGCAUGCCCGUGCGUCGCAGUGCACCCACAUCGUGCGCAUCGUCGAGGUCUACGAGAACCUGUACCAGGGUAGGAAGUGCCUGCUGAUCGUCAUGGAGUGUAUGGAUGGUGGUGAAUUGUUCAGCAGAAUUCAAGACAGAGGGGACCAGGCAUUCACUGAGAGGGAGGCAUCGGAGAUCAUGCACAGUAUAGGAGAAGCAAUCCAGUACUUGCAUUCAAUCAACAUUGCACACAGAGACGUCAAGCCAGAAAACUUGUUGUAUACCACAAAAAGGCCAACCGCACUUUUAAAACUCACCGAUUUCGGAUUCGCCAAAGAAACCACGACCCACAAUUCCCUGGCUACUCCAUGCUACACACCUUACUACGUGGCCCCGGAAGUUCUUGGGCCAGAGAAGUAUGAUAAGUCCUGUGACAUGUGGUCCCUGGGAGUCAUCAUGUAUAUACUGCUCUGUGGGUACCCCCCGUUCUACUCCAACCACGGGCUGGCAAUCUCCCCCGGGAUGAAGAAGCGAAUCCGCAUGGGGCAGUACGAGUUCCCCAAUCCAGAGUGGUGUGAGGUGUCUGAGGAAGCUAAACAGUUGAUCAGACAUCUGCUGAAGACGGAACCCACACAGAGGAUGACCAUAACAGAGUUCAUGAACCACCCCUGGAUCAAUCAAUCGAUGGAGGUGCCACAGACUCCACUGCACACCAGCCGAGUGCUGAAGGAGGAGAAAGAUCUGUGGGAGGAUGUGAAGGAGGAAAUGACCAGUGCCUUGGCUACCAUGAGAGUCGAUUACGAGCAGAUUAAAAUCAAGACAAUAGAAGACUCCUCCAAUCCACUGCUGAUGAAGAGGCGCAAGAAGGCGAGCAACCCCCCGAUGCAAGCCCCCAGCCAUUGAGAAACCCCCCCACUCCCACUACCAUGAGAGACACACCAAGCAAUAAUAAUAAUGAGCAGGAACACUGGGCCCUGAUAGGAAAGAGGAAACGAGCGCAUGAUGGAUUCCACUCAAAAAAAAAAAUAUAUAUAUUUUUUUUUUUUAUUUUUAGCUUUUUUUUUUUUUUUUGGUUUCCAAAGAAAAAGAAACAAGGAAAGCACUCUUUUACAACUAAAAUUUAAAAAAAAAUUAAAAAUUUUAGAAAAUAGAGGAGGAUGGAGGAUUGAUGAAGAAAAACGACUAAACAAAAUGCCUAGUUUUAAAAAAAAAAAAAAAAAAAACAAACAAAUAUUAUUUUUAAGAUUCUAUUUUAAUAAUGUGUUUGUUUUGCAAACGCAGCUCCUCGGGAGAAAUAAAAUGGUUUUUUGUUCUCAAAAAGGUAGCCAGCCGACAAAAUCAUCUCCGAGGAAAUCUAAAGAGCCCUGUUGUAAAGUAGUCCUAGAAAUUCACUGCUUCUCUUUUAAUAUUAUACAUACUUUCUUUUUUAAAAACCUCAGUCCCCACCCAAAAAAAAGUAUUUACAGAGCGAGGUAGAUCCAGAUAUUAUGCGUUUUUUAAUGGUCAAUGAAUGUAGAAACGCUCUUUCAUUAAUGGUGGUAAAUCUCUUAAGGCUUUGACCACCACCACCACCCCAAAGCCAAGCUCACAACGUGCCCUGCUGAAACUUACUGUCCCAGCAAGGAAUCCCCUAACCAGAGAAGUCUGGACCAACCCCCUCCCACACAGCUGAGUCUGUCAUGCCUACUGGCUUAUGCGAGAGUUAUUGACCAAGGUGGAAGGACUGCGGAUCUAUACUAGCACCCCUGUGAUGUUAAGGGAAACAAUAACACCUUCAAAGGGGCGAUGGUUGCUUUAUUUUUGAUUUUUUUGUUUUUAAUUUCUAUUUGUUUGUAUCUGUAGAACAGGAGGGGAUUCCUGAACAUAUACCGCGUAUUCCGGUUGCUCUCGGAUCAAAACAAACCACACAAAGCAUCACGUUUCAAAGGCACUACAGUCUACAACAGUCUGAUUCUUGUGGGUCUUAUAGCCCGUAUAACUUUGGAUUUGAUCAGGAAAUUGAAUGCACAGAGUUUCUUUGUGCUUUUUUAAUUUUUUUUUUUUUUUUUUUUUAAACGAGGCCCCCCCCCCCCCCCCCCCCCCACCCCUCAAAAGAAGUAUUUAAGCAUUAAUUGUGGUUAUUAUAAUCAUUCUUCACGCAGUAGUAUUAAAUAUGAAUAGAGAGAUCUGAAGGACAUUGGACCUUGGUGGGGCGUUCAUGUUAAGUCUGUGUGUUGUCCGUAUUGUUUUCAAAGUCCUACUAAAGGUCCUGUGUAAAAUCUACUGGCGACAGGAUAUAUUCAAUGUCCUUUUUCACUUUCUAUUUCUAUUUUUAAGUCCUGUAGUGGAACGUGAGCCAGAAGGCAUUCAGUACUUCUUGUACAAGGGUUAUUCCCACUACUGUUUGUGAUCUGCAUUCUCGUGCCGUAGAUUAAAACAGUUUUGACUACUUUUUAAAUUUUUUUUUUUUUUUUUUUUUUUUUGUUAUUCAAAUGUAUAAAGCACAUAUUCAGUUUUGUUUUAUGUGAAACUGCUGUACUAAUGUCAAGGUCUGCUUCUACUUUGGAUUAAAACACUUUUAAAAAAAAAAAA